AUGCCUUUUAGUGGGUUGGCAGGUUUGAAGGAACAGGUGCUUAAGCCUGGGAAGGAGGAAGUGAAAAGCACAGUGGGGGACUCUCUAGGAAAACUGCAAAGGAAAAUAGAUGGUAGUAAUGUAGAAGAAGAGGACACCAUUGAACUGACAGAGGAUGGGCGUCCGGUGGCAUCAGCACCACGUCCUGCCCCAUUGCUGGACUGCAGCUGCGGCGGUCUGCCCAAGCGCUACAUCCUAGCCAUCCUCAGCGGCCUGGGCUUCUGCAUCUCCUUUGGCAUCCGUUGCAACCUUGGUGUGGCCAUUGUGGAGAUGGUGAACAACAACACAGUCUAUAUCAAUGGGACUCCUGUGCUUCAGAAGGCUCAGUUUAACUGGGACCCAGAGACAGUGGGGCUGAUCCACGGCUCCUUCUUCUGGGGCUACAUUGUCACUCAAAUCCCUGGUGGUUUCAUCUCCAACAAGCUGUUUGCGAACAGGGUGUUUGGAGCUGCCAUUUUCCUGACGGCGCUGCUGAACAUGUUCAUCCCAUCAGCAGCAAGGGUGCACUACGGUUGUGUCCUGUUUGUUCGCAUCCUGCAGGGCUUAGUGGAGGGUGUCACCUACCCAGCAUGUCAUGGGAUGUGGUCCAAAUGGGCGCCACCUCUUGAACGGAGUCGACUGGCCACAACUUCAUUCUGUGGAUCCUAUGCAGGAGCAGUGAUUGCCAUGCCUUUAGCUGGAGUGCUCGUUCAAUAUGUUGGAUGGUCUUCGGUCUUCUAUAUCUAUGGCGUUUUUGGGAUCAUAUGGUAUAUCAUUUGGCUCCUGCUGGCAUAUGGAAGUCCUGCUGAACAUCCCACAAUCACCGAGGAGGAGAGGACGUACAUCGAGACCACCAUUGGUGAAACAAUGCGCCAACUGAGUGUGACUGAGAAAUUCAAGACUCCGUGGCGCCGUUUCUUUACCUCCAUGCCCGUCUAUGCCAUCAUCGUGGCCAACUUUUGCCGCAGCUGGACCUUCUACCUGCUCCUUAUCAGCCAGCCGGCUUAUUUUGAGGAAGUCUUUGGCUUUCCCAUCAGCAAGGUAGGGCUCCUGUCCGCUGUCCCCCACAUGGUGAUGACAAUUGUAGUUCCUAUUGGAGGACAGCUGGCUGACUUCUUACGCAGUAACAAAAUCAUGUCUACCACAAAUGUGAGGAAACUCAUGAACUGUGGAGGAUUUGGUAUGGAAGCUACUCUACUGUUGGUGGUUGGGUUUUCUCACACUCGAGGGGUCGCCAUCUCCUUCUUAGUUCUGGCUGUAGGCUUCAGUGGAUUCGCCAUCUCAGGUUUUAAUGUCAAUCAUUUGGAUAUUGCUCCUCGCUAUGCCAGCAUCCUGAUGGGCAUUUCUAACGGGGUGGGGACACUAUCCGGAAUGGUGUGUCCUUUGAUUGUUGGAGCCCUGACUAAAAACAAGACUCGUCUGGAGUGGCAGCAUGUCUUUAUUAUUGCGUCCAUGGUGCAUUACACAGGGGUCAUCUUCUACGCUAUCUUUGCUUCGGGAGAGCAGCAGGACUGGGCCGACCCUGAGAGCACCAGCGAGGAUAAAUGUGGCAUUAUUGAUGAGGACGAGCUGGCUGAAGAGUCAGAGCUCAACAUGGAGAACACAGUGGCUCCCAAAAAGAGUUACGGAACCACAGACAAUUCUUCUGGUGGAAAACAGGGCUGGAAAAAAAAGAGAGGGGUGACCAUGCAAGAGGAGGAGGAACAUUUUGGUAAUGGCGAUUACCAGGACCGGUACCAAUGAGACGCCCUGUGGGGCAAAGGACUUCCAAAACACUCAAGUCUAGUCGAGGCUGAAGGUUUGAUUUCACACCUGAGGAAAUGUCAGAAACAUCGGAAAAGGGACAGGAGCAGCAGCAUUAUUUGUACCUCAAGAUGGUCAUUUUUCAUUUUUGGUCAGUACUCCAGUUUAACUGUGAUGUAAUGUAAAAAAAAAAAAAAAAAAUGCAACAAAAAAAUGGAAAAUGGUAAUAUCAAAUAUAAUGUUCAUAAUGAACCCAUUGGGGCAAAAUAAGAAAGAAAGGAACAUCAACAAUUACAGGAUAUAAUCCGAAAUUGAACAAUAAAUUGAAUCUACACUGACAUAUACUACAGACAAGAAUGCUUAGUAUAAUAGAAAAUCAACUACAGACCCACAUUAAUGAACCAACUAGUACUGUAUUAAAAGAACAUCAGUAACACAUAUCAACUUUAGAACCUGACUUUACUUUUCCUGCAACCCACGUUGAUCGUACUCCAUCUGUGCAAGCAAACUGAACUUUAUGUAGCUUACUUUGGACCAUGUGAACAGUUCUUGAAAUGUUUUGUGUCAGCUAUGCAACGUGAAAAGAGAUGUGCUUCUGGAAUGUAAUAAUGGGUUUGACAGCAAUGUUAAGCCUUACUGUCUUUUUCUUCUUUUUUUGCGUGUAUGUAUUUGCUGUUGCUUCUGUCAACGCUUAGCUCACUCUCCUUUUCUUGAGCAGGUUGUAGUUUACCAUUCGUUUGUAAUGCACUUCUUCCAGCAUUAUAUCAGCUUCAUUAUUUAUAGUGCUCUGAGCUCAUUAUGGGACUCAAUGGAUGGUGAGUUCAGUGCUGGAGCAUUUAGUGUAACUCUAUUUAUUCUCCUGGUGUUUCUUUUUUGCAAUUUCUCAAUGUUUGAUACAUGGAGACCCAGUUUAUUUCUAAAAAAAAAUAAUGUAAUGUUUUAUUAUAAAAGAGUAUAGGACAUUUACACUCACUGUUUAUCAUUAAUGCUAAAGGAGAAGGAAUCAGUCUUGUACAGUAAAUUAAUACAUUGUUUGAGAGAGCAUUGAUUUGAUUUGAACUUUACCUGAAUACACUGGAGAUGUAAUAAACUACAUUUCUAUUCUGUAUUAAUUGUUUAGAGACAUAAAAUCCUGUGAAGGU